AUGCUACCAACAGAGAAGAAGCGUGUAGCCAUCGUUGGCAGUGGGUGUGCUGGUCUCGGUGCAGCGUGGGCAUUGCAAAACACCGACCAUGAGGUCCACGUCUUCGAGAAGUCGGAUCGUCUAGGAGGCCAUACGAAUACACAGACAUUUACACAUGGCGAACAUUCUACUCCUGUGGAUACUGGCUUCAUCGUCAUGAACUCUGCUACAUAUCCAAAUUUGAUCAGAUUCUUGAACCAUGUCAAAGUAGACAUUGUUCCUACUUUAAUGACAUUCAGUGUUUCUCGCAACCAUGGUGAAUUCGAGUGGUCUGGUUCUGCUGAAGGCAUUUUCGCUCAAAGAGAGAACAUCUUCAAGCCCAGAAUGUGGCGCAUGAUUUUCGACAUCAUUCGCUUCAACCAAUUUGCUCUUGAUUUGCUCACCGAUGAUGACUCUUCGCGCACUGAUCAAACAAUUGGCGAUUAUCUGGAUGAACAAGGCUAUUCUCAAGCGUUCAAGGAUGACUACCUCAUUCCCAUGACUGCCGCAGUGUGGAGCACAUCUCCAGACAAGACCAGUCUAGAGUUCCCUGUACUGACCCUUGUCCGCUUCAUGUGGAAUCAUCAUUUGCUGUCAACCAUUGCAACCCGACCCGACUGGCUGACCAUCAAGGGAGGGUCUCAGAAGCNNUACAUUGAUGCUAUUGUGCGCAGCUCUGAUAAAAGGAGAUUCCAUUUCCACACUUCGACUCCGAUCACUGGUGUGACGAGGAUGAACCAGAAUGGCAAGUCUGUAGUCGAGGUCAGCUACAAGAGUCCAUUGAGUGGUACACAAGAAUCGUCGACCUUUGACCAUGUUAUCAUGGCUUGCCACGGCGACGACAUCCUGCCUCUUCUCGCUGCAAAGUCGAGAGUGCCACCAUCAGAAAAGGAAGAAGAAAUCUUGGGUGCAUUCCAGACUUCUGAGAACGUCGCAUAUCUUCAUUCAGACCUCUCGUUGAUGCCAUUAAGGAGACAGGUCUUCACAGCAUGGAACUACCUGACGACAUCUUCACCAUCCAAGCUUGAACACCCAGCUGGCGUAAGCUUGACAUACUGGAUGAAUUUGUUGCAGCAUAUACCAGAGUCUAAAUUUGGUCCUGUACUCGUCACCAUGAACCCUCCUCAUGAGCCUGCGCAAGAGUGUACCCAGGGCAAAUUCAUCUACCGUCACCCUCUGUACACACCUGCAGCCGUGAAGUCACAGAAUAGACUGAAUGAGAUCCAGAACACGUCAGGCAUCAGUUACUGUGGAGCGUGGACAAAGUAUGGAUUCCACGAAGAUGGAUUCAGCAGCGGCCUCAAGGUUGCAAUUGACCACCUCGGAGCGACCCUGCCAUUCGAGUUUAAAGACUCAACCUUUUCGCGAGGCAAAGCACCUCAACUGAACUUGGUGGACCAUGCAGUGCGGACUGCAAUCACCUGGAUUGUGAGAUUUGCUCGUCUAGUGCACUUUUUCUUGUCCCUACCGCCAGUAGCAUUUGUGUUAUCAAUCUACUUGGGUCUUCUCGAAAGAAUCUUCGGCAUAAAGAUAAAGCUCGAAUAG